GAACAUCGUCUUGGGCCUAGUGGUGGUCUUCCACUUUGAUCUAUUUCGUUUUGAAUUCUCUUUUUCCUUGGUCGACCCGGUUCACGCCUCUGUCCGAACGGCGGGAUUAUCAACUCUCCUGACUACACCGGCCAGUAAGCUUCAUCAGGCAAUGCACAGAAACUACGUCCAUAGCAAUUUUUUAGUGAGCCGAUAUUGAAGAAUGGACUGAAGAAGUGACAGGGCCAUUGCAUGAGAACAUGGCCACCCUCUUCCCUAAUACUUCUGCCAUGAGCACUCACCAUGUUUUGUCCUGAAAUUUCCCAAAAAUUCAUGGCAAUGGACCCCGCGUCUACCAUCCUCACGGUGUCUGGUCGUCACAAUGGCGGAGAUUGGCAGCGCCCGAACACCCUUGUAGGCAGAAUUGAUACUCUCUGAUGAGUUCGUUGUGGCCAUACCCCAUCUUGUACCUCCGUCUUUAUGAAAUGUCCACAUGGAUAGGUCAUGUCCAUCCAGCCACUGUGCCCCUUCAGGGCAUAACUCGCGCAUCUUCUGCAAGUUCACUGACUCGACUCUACUGUCACCCUAGGAAUUGGCCAAGUGAAACCACUUCCUAAAACGUAGUAUAGCGGGUUUGGGUUUAAAUGUCAACCCGGGUCCUAGAUCUGAUGACUACUCAGUGAAUUCUUGUUAUCUAGCAAUGAAACUGGAAUGCAAGUCUAAACUAACAAACUAACAAAGCAAGUAAACGAUUGUAUUCAGGUUAAGAGAGGUCACCUGGAUAUGGUUCCCCCUAGACUGCAGUUAAGCCGGAUUGUAAUUACCAAGUUCAGUUUCUAUGAAAGUUAUACUGCGGAAGGUUCUUAAACAGCCUGAAGUCUCGACUAAAGGUCUUCAGACCCUCUCAAUCUGAGUCUCUAGCGGGCGACUAACCUCCACCGGAGUAAACAGAUUGAGGCCCUAAGAACAAAACCUCCACUACCGGAGUAAAUCCGGUACAGAAUAGUGAGUUGGCUCCUCGACUAAAGUCACCAACUCUCUACCUUCAAUCAAGGAUGCUCUAUCAACCUAGGCAGAUAUUCUCAUUCUAGGUCAAAGCAGAAACAACAGGAAUUUGAUCAGGAUUCAAGUCAUUCAAUCAUUCAAACCUCAAUCGAAUAUAAUCAAAUCAUAGAAUCAGUACUUGGGUUCAUACAAUCAAAGCCUAACAUACAAAUCUAGGGUUCUCCAUACCCAGAUGAAUGGGAGAACUACUCCAUGGAGAAGAAAGCAAAAGCAGAAUCAGACGCAGAAUUCAUACUGUGAAGGAUGGAUUCCUGCUCCUGGACGUUGAUCGGCACUUCUCCAAGCUCAAGCUGGCCUCCAAUGGUGUUGAAGAUCAAUCUAGGGCACUUGGAGACUCUUGUUCGUCGCUUUCUCUCUCUAGGAACUUAUCUCUCUCUCUAAAACUCGAAUCCCCUUCUGUUUGGCUGAAAAUCUGCUUACAAAGGCAUCAGUGGCCAAAGCACGGUCGAGGGGACGGCCGUGCUUUGCCUGAGCCUGCCCGUGUCUCGGCCAGUGUUAAUUACACGGCCAGCAGUUGGGGAGAAACACGGCCGUGCUUCGCGUUGGACACGGCCGUGCUUUUGUGGAACACGGCCGUGCUUUGUCUCGGCCCUGCCCGUGUAAUCAACUCAGCUCUCGGCAUAAAAAGCACGGCCACAGGAACACGGCCGUGUAAUGCCUUAGGUGUGCCCGUGUUUUGGCCCCAGCUUGACGAAAUGACCUCCGAAUGCCCCGAAACUCGUGGUUAGCCUUCCCUUUGACGCCUGGGACCUGAAAUAUGACAAAAUAGCACAACCCGGCGUAAAAUAGGCCAAAACGCACGACUAUACCCCUCAAACGGAUAAGAACUAGGGGCGCAAACAUGUGCAAUUACAUCGUUAUCAAAUUCCCCCACACUUAACCGUUUGCUUGUCCUCAAGCAAACCAAGUCAGACACAAGGUAAGCUCAAAACAACAAGGCAUGACAUAUCGACACAAAACACGUGGAUCAUACUGGCUUUCGAUCAUUAACACAUGGACAACCUCACUGACAACCUAGACAACCACCACAGAUGACAUUCGAAUGCAGUAAAAUCGAGCAAAGGAAGAGUCUCCCUUCUGUUCACCAACCAACAUAGACUUGACUCAAACACUUGUUCAAAACAGUCACAUCAUGCACAAAGUUCAAGAUAUCAGAAUUAAGACCGAGCAAUCUAGGUCCUCACCGGGAUAAAGAGUAUAGAGAAUA